GAACUGUUUUAUUUUCAUGUGGAGAAUCAAUGAGAAGCGAGCUGACAGUUUUUUGUUGUGCUAUAUUGUGUUUGUAUAAAAUUUUUACAGGAAAAACAAAUAAAUUAACGUGAACAGGAUAAAUAAAAAGAUAUCUUGUGAGUGCGGAAGUGAAAGAAUAAAUAGCAUUGUCGACGACAAUAACUGUGUGAUUAUUUUCCGGUUGAGAGGAUUGCUAUACGGAACGCUCCAAACGACAAAAGUAUAAGCUCGAUAGCGGCUAGAACUUAUUGAAAACGGAAUCAAUUUGCUUGAAGUGCUUGAUGUAUUUCUCUUUGUACGAUUAAUUUUGUUAUUUAUAAUAGUGAUUCACUCUGAAUAGUAGACAAAAAAACAAAAAAGUCAUAAAUUUGCAUACUAUUUCGUUGGUCAUCGAACAGAUUAACUUUUUAUCCAAGUAAAUAAAAUCAGUAAGUGUAAGAAGUAAACGGCGCAUUUUGCGCCACAAAAAUUAAGCUAGAGUGCCAUAGGGCUGUACGUCCAACAACUGGGAAGAAAAACCGAAAACGAACAAACCAGUCAGAAGCGACGCAAUUUUUAUUUUGCAUUUCACAUAUAAAGAAAUAAGAAUCACAUUUUUUUUAUAACCAAAGUAAGAGCAUAAUUGGGAAAAGUAUUACCAUUAGUCGACGCAUCCACAUUUACUAAGUCGUUCGACUUGCUGCACUCGCAACUCUCAAAAACACACAGAAACACUCCUACAAAAUGGGUCAAACCCUUUCCGAACCAGUCACAGCCAAAGAGUCUGCAUAUUGUCAGAAUGAAUUAUAUCGCGUUGGUUCCAGCUGUAUGCAAGGAUGGCGUAUAAAUAUGGAAGAUUCGCAUACGCAUAUACUUUCAUUGCCCGAUGAUCCCGGUACAUCAUUCUUUGCCGUAUACGAUGGGCAUGGCGGUGCCACAGUAGCCCAAUACGCUGGCAAACAUCUGCAUAAAUUCAUACUAAGGCGUCCGGAGUACAAAGAAAAUGUGGAAAAAGCUUUAAAGCAGGCAUUUUUAGACAUCGACUAUGAGAUGUUAUACAAUGAGUCGUGGGGUGAACAAAUGGCCGGAUCAACUGCUGUUGUUGUACUUAUUAAAGAUAACCGUUUGUAUUGUGCCAAUGCUGGUGAUUCCCGUGCAAUCGCUUGCAUCAAUGGAGAGGUAGAGACUUUGUCUAUGGACCAUAAGCCAAAUAAUGAGGCGGAAACUAAACGUAUACAUGAAGGUGGCGGCUAUGUGGAAUUCAAUCGUGUAAAUGGCAAUUUAGCGUUAUCGCGAGCACUCGGAGAUUUCAUAUUCAAACGGAAUGCCAAUAAAAAGCCAGAGGAACAAAUCGUAACCGCCUAUCCCGAUGUGGAGUCACGUGAAAUAACAGCGGAUUGGGAAUUUAUUGUUUUGGCAUGCGACGGUAUUUGGGAUGUAAUGAGCAACAAAGAAGUCAUCGACUUUUGUCGAAAACGUAUCGGCAUGGGCAUGUAUCCGGAAGAGAUUUGCGAAGAGCUAAUGAAUCAUUGUCUCGCACCUGAUUGCCAGAUGGGUGGGCUGGGUGGCGACAACAUGACUGUUGUGCUUGUCUGCCUCUUGAACAACAAACCGUACGAAGAACUGAUAGCGCGUUGUGCUAAAAAUAACAAUGUCAACGGCAGUAGCGGCAAUAUAACUACAACUUCUUCCAUGGAUGAUGAUCAUCUCGAUCUGAAAUAACAAAACUCCACCAUACUUUCCAACUCUACUAAAACAACAAUUAACACUGUAGUAUCGGCAACAUCAAUAAUUAUGGGUGGCAAUUCGACAGUGGCGAAUGCUAAAACAACAAUGACUCUGACUACAAUUACAGCUGCACGCAACAAGAAUUUUAACGGUCGAGCUAAGAGAAUGCCCAAUCAACUAAGAAUUACUACAAGCAUCAUUAAAAGCAGCAAUUAUAUUUUUCGUAAAAUCUACAGGUUGCGUUACUUAAUAAUUGUGUUCCUUGUGUUUAUGGCCUAUGCAUAUCUAUAUUUUUGUAUUUAAAUUUUCUGCUGUUUAUUCGGGCACACCACAUUGUUGUACUGUGAAAAAUUUUGUGACAUUUGUUGUCUCCCAAUAUUAAAACAUUAAUUAAAAAUACAUAUUUGUAAUUUGCACAUAAUAGUUGGAAAAUCUGCAAAUACUUUUAUGAUGCAGACAUAUUUACACACUUACCUUUAGAAUACACAUACAACACACGCAGACAUACCAAGCAAAACAGUUUACACAACAAAUAUGGACGAUAUUUUUUUAUUUUGUGUUUUUUUUUUUUUGUUUUUAUUAUUCACUGUUUUGUAAUCGAUUUAGAAAAUAUAUGGAAAAAAUUGUAAAAAUUAAUGUUCUAUUAUUAAUAUCGUAAUAUAUCGUUAUAAAACCGUAAAGCUAAAUUUAAAGUAGUUAAAAGAAUUUGUGCAUAAGAGUUAGUCAACAUGAUGAGAUCGAUGUAAUUAUCAACGAUAUAAAUACACUUACAUAUAUACAUACACGCAUACGUUGGCAUACUGGCAAUAGUUACCCUAACUGUAUGAUUUAAA